GGAACAAUGAUUAUGCUUGCUUAACGCCGUUCUGCGAGCCGGUGAAAUCGUAAUCGACCAUCCGAUCACAGUGGUGCCUCGGAUCUGAUCAGAACUGAUUUGUCUUGAUUUUGCGGCCUAAUACACGUGAACGAGAAGCUGGGAAAAAUUGCUCGAGAGGAAUGCUUUGUUAGUUGCUAUGGAUCUGAAGCUGAUGACUUUGAUCACGUUGAGCGCGUUUCUGGCAUCAGGGAACUGUCUCGACAAUGGUCUCGCUCUAUUGCCUCCGAUGGGAUGGCGAACCUGGCAAAGAUUUGGCUGCAACACCGAUCCGGUAUUGCACUACGAUGAGUGCAUAAGCGAGACACUCAUCUCGGACAUGGCCGAUCGCAUGCUGGUGGACGGCUACCGCCAGGCCGGCUACGAGUACAUCAUCGUGGAUGACUGCUGGAGCGCCAAAUCAAGAGACGCCCAAGGGAAUCUAGUGGCCGAUUCUCUCCGUUUUCCGAGAGGAAUGAAGACCGUCGUGGACUAUGUACAUUCCAGGGGCCUCAAGUUUGGCAUACACACAGGAAUAGCAGCGAAAACGUGCAGUGGGUAUCCAGGAAGCCUCAAUAACUUUGAGCGUGAUGCCAAGACGUUCGCAGACUGGGGUGUUGACUUUGUCAACGCAGAUGGUUGCAACAUGGACCUCAGGAAGAUGGAUGAACUGUAUUCACAAUUUGGACGAGCCCUGAACGCCACAGGCCGGCCUAUGCUCUACUCAUGCGAGUGGCCCAUGUACCAGGCGCAGUCCGGUAUCGAGCCUGACUACGAGAAAGUAGCUAGGACCUGUAACAUCUGGCGGAACUACGCCGCAUUGACGUACAACUGGAGCCAGAUAUACGACGCGGUGCAGUACGAAUCCAAUCAUCGUGACCUUCUGGCAAACGUCACAGGUCCGGGCGCCUGGACUGACUACGGAACGGUGGUCGUGGGCAACUACGGUUUGUCCGAGUCUUUGCAGCGUUCCCAGAUCGCAUACUGGGCGGUGGCACCCUCUCCGUUGAUUCUGUCGGUGGACUUGCGCAGUGUAGACAACGUAGCACGGUCCUUGAUGCUCAGCCCCUACGUCAUCGCCGUCAACCAGGACCCACUGCGCGCUAUGGCCAGCCGAAUCCCACAGAAAAACAACCUGGAUGUGUGGACCCGACGGGUGAUGCCUCGACUUCCCAGUGGCGACAGUUCCAUGGUCGUGAUGGUACACAACCCGAGCAUUCGUGGAGGUCCACUUGCCUUUGCGGUUACAAUCGCCGACUUAGGCCUACACAACCCACGCGGCUACGUGCUGCAGGACGUGCUCAACAACAACGCACUCAUUGGUCUGUUUUACCCAGGACAAACACUGAGCGUUGCGGUUCCGCCGCUGGACGUGAUUCUUUUCAAGGCAACCAUCACUGACCGGUGACGGCAGGUGAUAUAGCAUGUACCUAUUUAACGAGGGUUCAUUGACAAGCUAAUAAAUUGGCACCCGUGAAAAUUCUCUGUACGCA